UAGCUUUCCUCUGUGGUUUGCUCCAAAACCGUCAAUUCUCUUUAGUGUUUGCCAAUGUUGGAGGUGUAACUGGGGUCUGUCCCUGGAAAAAGGUGUAGAGGAUGGCACAAGUGAAAGUGCAGACUGCAGCGUCCCUGUCUGGGCCGGGCCUGUCCCCCGUUGUGCCCCCCUCUGCCAUGCCCAGCGCGGGACCCCUCAGUCUGCAGCCGUCUAUCAACGGCACAGUUCCAGCCCCAACGCCAGGCUGCCCCUGCCCCGCGGCCGGCUUUGGGGAUUCGACUGUGUCUGCAAAUGCACCAGGUUCUCUCCAGGAAAACAUGGCAAACACCAAAGAGAAAACUCCCAUGUGUCUGGUGAAUGAGUUAGCACGUUUCAACAGGAUCCAGCCACAGUACAAACUCCUGAACGAACAAGGACCAGCCCACGCUAAGAUCUUCACUGUGCAGCUGUGUCUGGGGGAGCAGGUCUGGGAAGCAGAGGGCACCAGCAUCAAGAAGGCCCAGCACUCCACCGCCUCCAAGGCCCUGCAGGAGUCCACCCUGCCCAGGCCGUCCCCUCGCUCGCCCAGAGAGGACAUCAACAGCAACCCAGGCAGUAUCACCCCCACAGUGGAGCUGAAUGGACUGGCAAUGAAAAGAGGGGAGCCAGCCAUCUACAGACCCCUGGACCCUAAACCCAUGCCCAACUACAGAGCCAACUACAAUUUCAGAGGAAUGUUCAAUCAGAGGUACCAUUACCCAGUGCCUAAGAUAUUCUACGUGCAGCUGACCGUGGGGAGCUGCGAGUUUAUCGGAGAGGGGCGGACGCGCCAGGCCGCUCGACACCACGCCGCCAUGAAAGCGCUCCAGGCCCUGCGCAACGAGCCCAUUCCGCCAAAAACGCCUCAGGGGCCGGAGGAGAAGAGCGCGGUGGAGGAGGCCAGCGAUGCCAGCAAGUCGGAGAUCAGCCUGGUGUACGAGAUCGCGUUCAAGCGGAACAUGCCCGUCAGCUUUGAGGUGCUGAAGGAGAGCGGGCCCCCGCACAUGAAGAGCUUCUUCACGCGGGUGACCGUGGGCGAGUUCUCAGGAGAGGGGGAGGGGAACAGCAAGAAGCUCUCCAAAAAGAGGGCGGCCCUCUCCGUCCUGCAGGACCUGAGGAAGCUGCCGCCCCUCCCCGCGGUGGAGAAGCCCAAGCUGCACUACAAGAAGCGGCCCAAGUCCAUUUUAAAGAUGAGGCCGGAGUACGGGCAGGGCAUGAACCCCAUCAGCCGCCUGGCGCAGAUCCAGCAGGCCAAGAAGGAGCGGGAGCCCGAGUACGCGCUGCUGUCGGAGAGGGGGAUGCCCCGCCGCCGCGAGUUCGUCAUGCAGGUGAAAGUGGGCAGUGAGGUGACCACAGGAACGGGACCCAAUAAGAAAGUGUCCAAGAGGAAUGCAGCAGAGGCCAUGCUGCUGCAGCUCGGAUACAAAGCCUCCAGCACUGUGCAGACUCCUCCGGAUAAGCAGAUGGACGACAAAGGCUGGAACGGACAAAAGGGCGCUUUUCCCGAAGCGGCGAGCAACACUCAAAAGGGAAUCCUCCACCUGUCCCCUGACGUGUACCAGGAGAUGGAGGCCAGCAGGAACAAAGCCGGCCCAGGAGGAGCCCCGGCGAACUACCUGACCCCCAACGACCCCAGCCAGGGCGCGGCCCCCUUCUACGGCGGCGCCGGCAACGGCAGCGCGGCGGCGGCCAUGGCCAGGGAGCUGCUGCUGAACGGGACCCCCCCGACGGCGGACGCCUCGGGCCUGAAGGGGAGGGCCCCCGCGCUGGGCUGCGCCUCCGUGCAGCCGGCCCAGCAGCUGGACUACCUGGCCCACGUUCAGGGCUUCCAGGUGCUGUAUAACGAUGGGCAAAGUGGCAAAGAUUUCAUCACCUACCUGACUCUGUCCCCUGUGCAGAUGACCUUCCAUGGCAUCGGGAACUCCAUUGAGGCCAGCCAUGACCAGGCUGCUCUAAGUGCCUUGAAACAGCUGUCGGAACAAGGACUGGACCCGGCGGACGGACCAAUCAAAGUAGAGAACGGAUCGCGGGAGAAAUACGCGCCGGCUGAGCUUGAUGAGGGAUGCCAGCUUGGAUCACAUUUGAGACAAGCGACACAUCUGGGAGAGAGGACGGACAAUAAACAGACUAACUCAGGCACCACCGCUCAGGACUGCAAGGAUCCAAAGGCCGUCGUCUAGGAGCUCCCCCCUGCCGCCCCCCCCGCCCCACCAACCCCCAACCCACGCAACCACGGCGACCACUGCAUCCUUAUAAACCUGUCAACACGCAAUAGGGUGUACGUGUACCAGGAAAUGACUGACUAAAUGCCAUUAUUUGAGUCUAUGUGAAGACAACACUAUCCUAACACAUUACAUUUGUUGAUAAUUUAUACGUAAUUCCAGCAAUUAUCUAUGAAAACAAUCAGUGAAUGAAUUAAUGCAUGGUACUGUUAAAAUAAGGGAAAUUUCUAAUCGAAUAUACAUAGAGAAUUUUCCCUUUUGAUAGAUUUUUUUUUUUCGGUUUGUCGCCCUGUGCCAUGGUUUAAAAAAUGACAGAGAAGGACAUCAUGCCAUUGAUUGAAAACAGAAAGGUAUAGUGAGGAAGAACACACUAGCACAGCUUAUUUUUUGUGGUUUUCAUUUCUUUCUUUUUUUAAAAUUACUCUAUGAAUAACGAUGCUUGAGUAUUUAAAGAUUAACCAAUGGCAGUGCUGUGAAAGUUGUAGUUGUUGUCUUCAUAUAUAGUCACCCAGCUUACCUUUUAUGCAGACAUUAAGCAUUCAUAUAUCUAUAUGGAUAUGUAUGGCUCGCAGAAUACCAUAUGCAAAAAGAAAUACUGAUAAAAAUAAGAUAUAUAUUGACAACAAAACUAAAAUUGUUUGUGAAGUUAAUGAACCGAUGUGAGAAGUAUUCAAUAGAGGUGCUCAAUCCUGGUUUAGAAGCUGGGGUGGCUGAUCUGGGUGAGCUUGUGCUCGAUGAGGAGCACCUGACCUCUAACAUGGUCUCCCCCUAGAAAUAGAAUUACUAGAAUGGUUCUGGUUAUUGAGCAAACUGAGGAAAGCUAGAGCCGGGCGGCCAUAUUGAAUAGGAUUAAACUGAAAUGUUUUCUUCAAACUAAAAUGUUACUAUUCUGCAAUAGAAGCUGCUGCGAUUCUAGAAUUGCUACGCCUUGUGUGUGUAUCCUCUCAGGAUGGGAUAGGGUAGUUUUAAGAAAGUAGUGCUUUUGACCAGGUCUAGUAAAUCUAUAUCUAUGGUUUUUCUCUUCUUCGCCCAGUUUUGUCAAACACAUCUACACCCAUUUUGUGUGUUGUAUUGACCCACCAGUGCAUCAACUGAGUGUUUUUAAUGACUGCAUUCGGACCCACGACAACACAACGUCACGGUGGAGUAACGCAUAGGACGUUCACAAGGAAAUCCUGGAAGAAAAUGUCUGAAGAAAAAGGGUUUUCAACCUGAACAAGCUCAGUAAUGAACAGGAUCUCAUCGUGACUGUGGAUACAUUGUGUAAUAACAGACUGUCUGUUGCUGAAAUGGCCAAAUGCAGUAAAACCACCUCAGUUCAUGUUGAAA